AUGCGUUUAUUUCUUGCAUUCUCUUCUUUCCUGAUAACUGCUUUCAUAACUUUCAGUACAGCGGACUAUUCAGUUAGUUCACCAGCUGCAGGAGUGGUAUUAAACAAAGGCGACAUACUUUGUGUAUUAUGGUCUGUCAUCUCAGAAACAGAUAAAAGUAUUGAUGUAAAAUUAACACAUGGUGAUCCACAGAAUUUACAACUAGAUAAGAUUUUGUGCUCAAAUAUUGAUCCAGAAAUCGGACAAUGUAAUUAUACUAUCGGUGAUCUUACUUCGGGACGUGAUUAUGCUGUUAUUGUCGGAAAGAGCCCCGAUCAUAUGGGGUUCUCAAGUUAUUUUUCCAUAAAUUCUGUUGGACCCCUUCCACCAUCAUCAGGAUGUCCAAAUUUUGGUGGUCAUGACUGCCCCGAAACAUUACCAUGUUGCAGUGCCAGUGGUUUCUGUGGAAACACGGAUGAACAUUGUGGAGACGGUUGUGAUCGAAAAUACAGUUUCAAUG